AAGCCAGACCAAUCAAUAUAAGACGGCACCUGCCUCGAAUUCCUCUCUUUCUCCAGCAGCAGUCACGCGAUUCAACUCAGGGUCCAAGUUUGAAUCUUCUGCGUUUGGCGAUCAUAAUUUCCUUUAUAGGGUUUUUUCUAAACUCUUUACUCUCUGCAGCUGAUCCAAGAUUCAAGAAGUUAGAAGAAGGUUAAAGUUUUACUUAAUCAGAAGUACAUUACAAUGGACGACUGGGAAGACGAACCUGUUUCACCUGUUAUUAAAAAGGAGCAACAAAGAAAUGCGUGGGAUGACGAAGAUGUGGAUGAAGAUGGUAUAAAGGAUUCUUGGGAGGAUGAGGAGGAGCCUACUCCAGUGCCUGCACCUGUUGUACCUCCUGCUGAGAAGGUCCCAAAAAAAUCAACUGCAAAGGCUACUAACAAAAAAGGGAAAGCUGUAGUUGAAGUAGAAAAGGAAGAAUCACUUGAUCCCGUGGCAGAAAAGCUUCGCCAACAAAGGCUUGUGGAGGAAGCUGAUUACAAGUCUACUGUGCAGUUGUUUGCUAAAAAAGUCGAUGAGAAGAGUCUUGAUAGUUUCAUCCCGAAAUCUGAAAAUGACUUUUUAGAGUAUGCAGAACUCAUUUCUCACAAGUUACGUCCUUACGAGAAAAGCUACCAUUACAUCCGGUUGCUUAAAGCUGUAAUGAGAUUGUCAAUGAGUGACUUGAAAGCUGAAAACUCUAAGGAGGUUGCUUCUUCUGUUAAUACAAUUGCAAAUGAAAAACUUAAAGCUGAAAAGGAAGCCAAUGCUGGUAAAAAGAAGACAGGUGCCAAGAAGAAACAACUGCAAGUUCAAAAGGUAGAUGACGAAACGAUUGUUGAAGGAUAUGAUGAUGGGUACGAUGAUUACGACUUCAUGUGAAGUUUUUUUGUGGACGAACUUGCAUUCGAUUCUUUCUUUUUUUGGGUUUCUUUCUUUUGGGAUCAAAGACUUGGUUUUUGUUUAUAUUUAUUUGAAUGCUUUUAUUAUGCAACAUUAUACAAUAUUUGAGUACAAAACAAUUUCAAUCCACACAUCAAACA